CAGGAUCUCAACUGACACCGAUAUCUCAAGAUCUCAAGUUUCAGGAAAUUCGUUCCAGCGAUAGUCGGAAUCUGGAGAAUGCCUCAGGCCUAGGCAGACUCGCUUAAUGCGCCUCAGGUGAGUUCAGAGAUCGAAGAAGAAGCAGAACGUGGGAAGCUGCUCUUCCACAACCAAAGUGACGAAAGUUCAUAUCGACAUGAACGGUUCUACAGGACAUGUCCAGGCAAUCAGGGGGAACGCAACAAAAUUUUCGGUGUUGCACUUUGACCAUGGCCACGUCUGAACCACAAAAACUCCCUUUCGACGCUGUUCUGUCUAUUCUGGACCGCAUCACUGACAAGAACUCCCUUUACGAAUGCGCUCGCACCUGUCGCUCUUUUCACGAAGCGGUCAUACCCAAUCUUUACAAAUCCAUCAGUGUGGUGGUGGCACGGUACCACAAAUCACUUCCUCAACUAGGACCAUUCAAGGCGAUAGAGACGCAUCCGUACCUCAGACAGUAUGUCAAAUCUGUUGAAAUAUCUCUUGGGCUAUACGACUACAACAUGCAUCGAGACCGUUUGGUACCUCUUUGGAAAGCUUUGUCACAUCUUUCGAAUAUCACUUCGUUCACCCUCAAACACCCGGAAGACACGUAUUUCCAUCUUCCUGGAAUCCUGACAGCAUCGAUUGUAUCUGCCCUCGCUGGUUGUGAGAAGCUGGAGAGACUCACGGUAUUAUCGGCGAUCAGUGCUAUCAGUAUUGAGCGGUUCAGUAGCUUGAAAACCGUCAAGGCAGUGAGAUUCGGACACCUUCUUUCGAGUCAAACCUUGAAUGCUUUAGGAAAAUGGUUCAGACAAGCGGAAGGAGGAUUCCAUACAUUGGGUAUCCUAAUAGCUCAUGCGGUCGGAGCGGGAGACAUAGACCAAUUGACCCCAUACGUUUCCAGUCUCCAUACUUUGCACAUAGGAAGAAAUCACGGCCUACCACCCCGAGACCUGCUGUCUCUUCUUGUGCACACACCCCGGUUGCAGUUUCUCGAUGUAACGUAUUACGGCCCUCAGCCUUUGGGACUGGUAGAAAGAGGCUCCGGAUAUCUGAAUCAACUUCAGAAUCUUGCAGUCCGGUACUAUGGAUUUUCAGACCUUUCUUCAUCCCACGACUUCCAUCACUGGAUCGAAUAUGUCGCCUCUUCAUCACCUCUGAAGUCGUUUAGCCUUAUUUCGAAUGACAGAAGGAAAUACGAACUCGCUCGCGAACUUCUCAGUAUCCUUUACACCAAAACAGAACUUGAAGUAUUGAAUAUCCCUGACGUCCUUCUGGGCCGGUCUGAAUUAGGGACGCUAUUGGGAACAUUCAAGAAAUUGAGGGUACUCUCACUCUUUCUCCCGGAUAUAAAUCUACUAGUUCGUUUUUCUCAAGUACCUCGGCCCCAUAAGAGGUCCUCCGCUCAUCCUCUUGCAGGAGUUUUAUCGUUCAUUCAGAUCAAGCGACCUGCAGCUUACAUCAAUUACCGCGAUAUACCUGCGUCCCCCAAGAAUUGUUGACUUCCCCUAUCCUUCUCUCACCGGUGUGAUGAAGCAGACGAUGAGAGCGUUGAGAGGGAAUCCCGGUUAUGUACAUAUUUGGGAGGGCGAGGCACUGCAGGCUUUGUGGACGGCAACGGGCCCCAC